AUGUCUGGCAUGGCCAUGAUCAGCAUGGAGUGGCCAAAUGAUCUGGUGAGCUGGGUGUUCCUAGCUUCGCUAGUAGUCGUGCUCUUGCAGCUGCGGCAAAGGAGCAAGCUCCCGCUGCCGCCUGGCCCCAAGCCUCUCCCAAUCAUCGGCAACAUGAUGUUGAUGAGUCAGCUGACACACCGAGGCCUGGCGGUGCUCGCUGAGAGGUACGGCGGGCUGCUGCACCUCAGCGUCGGCCGGCGGCACGUGUUCGUGGUGUCCACAGCGGAGUACGCGCUCGAGGUGCUGCAGGCGCAGGACGCCGCCUUGGCGAACCGGCCGGCCACCACCGCGAUCGCGUACCUCACCGACGGCCACGCCGACAUGGCGUUCGCGCAGUACAGGCCCUUCUGGCGCCAGGGGCGCAAGCUCUCGGUCACGAAGCUCUUCAGCCAGCGCCGCGCCGAGACGUGGCUCGCCGUGCGCGACGAGUCCGCGGCGCUCGUGCGCGCCGUCGCGCGGCGCAGCGGCGAGGCGGUCAACCUGGGCGAGCUGGUCCUCAGCCUGAGCACGAACGUCAUCUUCCGCACCGCCUUUGGCACCCGCGUGAACAUUAGCGUGGGCGAGUACAUCGGCGUCCUCGAAGAGUUCUCCCGGAACAUUAUUGCGUUCAACAUCGGUGACUUCAUGCCGUGGCUCGCCUGGAUCGACCCAAGCCGCCGCCGCCUCCGCGAGACGCGCAAGGGGUUUGACAGGUUCAUCGACAAGAUCAUCGGCAACCACAUACGGAGGGGCAGGAGUUCCACGGACACCGAGGCCGACAUUGUCGACGAAAUGCUCGCCUGUCUCCACGAGACCAAGCCCACCGCUGGUGACGCCGUCGAUGACCGGCAUGGCUCCCUCUGCCUCACCCGCCGCAACAUCAAGGCAGUCAUCCUGGAUCUCAUGUUUGGUGGGACGGAGACGGUGGCGUCGUCCAUCGAGUGGGCGAUGAAAGAGCUGCUGCGGAACCCCGACGACCUACGGCGUCUGCAGCAGGAGCUCGCCGACGUGGAUGGCGACGCCUCCGGGCUCGACCUCAACGGCAGCUGCUUCGAGUUCCUGCCCUUCGGCUCCGGCCGGCGGUCGUGCCCCGGGAUGGCGCUGGGCCUGCACGCGCUGGAGUUCGCCGUCGCGCAGCUCGCGCACGGUUUCCACUGGGAGCUGCUCGACGGCACGAAGCCGUCGGACCUCGACGUCGGUGAUGCCUUUGGGCUGUCGGCGCCAAGCGCCCAACGGCUAUACGCCGUGCCUACACCCCGCUUCACCUGCCCGUUGUACUGA